GGCCUCUUGCCAUUUCCGGAGCGCGAUGACUUUGGGAGCAGCCGCGGUUCCCUGUGGGCGAGUGUAAUUUUGUCCCCUCGCGGGCUUCCUUUGGAAAGGAAAGGAUGGGGAGCGCCUCGGAGUCCCUUCGCUACGCCGAAUACGCCGCGAGCAAAAGGGCGGACGUAGACAAGGGGCCGGCCAAUUCUUUGAUAGCUGUUGGUCUUGGUGUUGCUGCUGUUGCUUUUGCAGGUCGUUAUGCUUUCCAGCUCUUGAAACCACUAGAACAAGUUUUCACAGGAACAGCAAGAAAAAUCUUGACUGGUAGUCUUUCUUCCUAUUAUAAAGGCGGAUUUGAGCAGAAAAUGAAUAAGCGUGAAGCUAGUCUUAUUUUAGGCAUAAGUCCAUCUGCUGGCAAAGACAAGAUUAGAACUGCUCACCGGCGAAUCAUGAUUUUGAAUCAUCCUGAUAAAGGUGGCUCUCCCUACUUAGCAACAAAAAUCAAUGAAGCAAAAGACUUAUUGGAAUCCAGCAGUAAACAUUAAGACACCAGGAUUUACCUUAAUAAAUGCAGAACUGAUUAUUUGUGGAAAACGUGAGAUGUACCACACAGUGGCUUACAGUAUACAGUAUCUCAUUCCUGUUGAUUGUGGGACAAAAUUGUUAGAGGUCUGCAGCUGUAAUUUUAAUAAAGUUCCACAAACUCUUGACAAUGUCAUUUCAGGAUUUAAUAAUAAAAGCCAACUCUGCAUUUUGAA